GCGUCAGACCACGUGGUGUUCACUCUAUGAACAUGAACUUUGUGCUGUUGUCUUCCCCUGGAUCUCCCCAUCUAUCGACUUGCGAGCUCGCGGUAGUGUUGAAAUGAUCUUAGCGCCAGACAUUUUUCCCGUUUUCUGUUCGCCCACUAGCUCAGGCGGAUUUUAAAACGCUUUAAAACUCCAUCUUGUCUUGUCUGCUUCAUCGCUAGUAAUGACUGACUGUCCUCAGACGUCGCCGCCUCCCCAGUCUCAUUUCUACCUAUCUGGUCCCCUAGAGGGGAAAACAGUAUUGAUAGCUGAAGCUCGAGGGGUUAGAGUGUGUAAAUAUGGUUAUUUGUCCUCGAAAGACUACAUUUUUCCAGAGCACAGGAGAGUGGGAUCUAGAUCCUAGUGCCGUUGCCUAGUAAGAUAUGCUGCUAUCCGCCACCGAACGUGCGUCACACAGACAACAGCGACCGCUGCUCAUGAGGAAAUUGUGAACGUGAGUGAAAGGACAACCUCAUCGUUGCACUGGAAAAUCACUCGAAAUGGCAAAAUAGUUGAAGAAUGCGGAUGAAAACGGAUUCACCGUUUGGCUGCUUACAAGCAGUUUACAACUCAAACACCGAGUGCGCAAGGCUAUUGGAGGAGGCCACCACGUGACUACAUUGUUUACUCUUGUUGGCAAACAAUUAAAGACGCGAGUGAGUGUACUUUUUGGCUUUCCUACACCUCGAAUGAACAAUUAUAUAUUCCGUGUGAUUAGGACGAUUAGAGAUGAACAAUAACUCGUUUCACGAAUAUAAUUUUAACAGUGAAUACUUGAACAAAGUAUGUUGCAAUAAAUGUCAUGUUUGUUAUUUGGAGCAACGUUUCUCCCCCUGUGCUCUGCAGGAGAACAGUUCUGAGUGGAGACGACAUGCUGAAGAAAGUUUAUCAGAAAAUGAUGAAGGCCACGUGUGGAACUUUCAAAACAUCUCGAAUGUCCAACAUCAAUGUUCAUUCUCUGAUGGAGGCAACCGCUUUCUGGACCCGGCGAAUGCAUCGGGAAGAGACAAGGGGUGCGAGCAGUCAACUUCCUGCUUAUCAACCAUGAAGUACCCUUGGAUGAGUGAGACACAUGCACCUACGCACUUCAGCAACAUUAACGCCAUGGAAACAGGUGAUUCUAAAUACAGCAAUGGUGAAGCAGUUGUACGGGAUAACAGCGGUAAACGGGCUCGUGUGGCGUUCACCUCCUCUCAGCUGCUGGAGUUGGAGAAGGAGUUUCACUUCAGCGCUUACCUGUGCCGCAACCGGAGACUUGAAAUGGCUGAGCUGCUGAAGCUCACCGACCGGCAGAUUAAAAUCUGGUUCCAAAACCGUCGCAUGAAGUAUAAGAAGGAUCACAAGGAAAAGUCAACGGCAAAGUCCUUUUGCACCUACCUGGAAACAGAAAACCAACCAUUAAUAAUUAGCGGCAGCACAACGGAUUCUCCAGUGCCACUGAAAUUCCAGAAUAACUAUGAAACACCAUCAAUGAACUGGUGAAACUACAGAAAGUCUGAUAACUGGUGACUUUUGCUUUCAGAACUUAUACAUUGGUAGUGAUCUGCAUCAACCAUCAAGACCGAAAAUGAAUAAAUGAAUGAAAUUUCUACAAAACAUGUACAUUAUCUGUCACUGGUCAGCUAUUUCCCCAUUUGUAACUCUCUCUGACAUGAUUUAUAUUUAAAAACAUUCAUGAUUAAUUGCCCCUGGAUGAUGAUUUGUGUGCAAAGUUAACUUGGAAGAGUUCAAUAGGCAAGCUCGCUUUGAACCAGAUUACAUGUUAUCAGCUACUACACAUCAGAGUUAGUUUCUAUUGUGCAUAAACUGCUGUACUAAUAUCUUUGCAAAGCACCAAGAUUUAUUGCAAACCCACUUGUGCAAGUUUAUCUCUUGGGCACAGAAAAUACAAUUUUAAAAGGGCAUUCAAGACUUUGAAUGGUCAUUAACAUCUGCUCAACUUUUUAAGUGCACAACACAUUUUUUAUUACUCUCAAAAUGAUAUGCUACUUUUCCCAAGGCAUGAGCUAAAACGUACAACUUGCAGCGCUGUUUAUUAUGAUGGCCAGAAUUGUUCCGUGUUAAACCUUACUGACCUGCUCUACUAUUAACAAUGUAUUUGACUUUUUUCUGCUUUAUACUGAAAGUAGGUGGGUUUAAGUCCGAAUUUUUAGCAUUUCGACUGACAAAAUGAAUGAAAGAGCGAAACAGGACUGUCACAAUGCUAUAUCAAUGCAUUCAUAGUGUUUUUAUUUUACCCAUUCAUGUACAUGAAAGUGUGAACAUGGCAGCUGCGAUGUAAAAUAUGUGCAUAUUUGUAAUUUAUACCACUUUAAUUGUAACCUGUCUGUAUUUGAUAAAAAAGCAUGCAUUUUGAAACCGAAAUGUGGUUGUUUCAAACUGAUUUAAUCCUUCAGGAUUGUCAAUAAAGGUGAUUUUAAUACAUGUAGCUGACAA